CUCUCCCCGCCCGGCCCUUCCUUCAACCUUUCCGCAGGCAACCAACAACCAAAAAAAAAAAGUUCAAAAGUGCUCGUCAUACACCUAUCACCUACGCGACAUCCUCCUCGCAAACGUUUUUCUCGACGACAAGUUCAAACACUUUCCACCAACGAACCGGCCAAAUCCAAGCGUAAACGAUGGCCUCAAAGACAAAGUACGCCCCGGCGCCGACCCAGGACCCGGACGAAGCAUCAAGCUACGCCCAGGCGCCCCCCGCCUACCAGGCCGAACCCACCGCCGCCUCCGAUACCGACCGCCUCUUCGGCGGCGGCGCGCCUCGUAGCAGCCAGGACGAUGACCUCCCCGAUGACUUCAAGCUUCCAACUAACCCAUCAAACCCACAGUUCGGCGGCUCAGUAGCAGAGGCCACGACCGAUAUCAGAAACCAGUUCAUCCGCAAGGUCUACGCCAUUCUCACCGUCCAACUCAUCGCCACCGGCGCCGUCUCCGCCCUCAGCUUCUUCAGCGAUGGCUACAAGACCUGGAUCCAGGCCCACCCAGGCCUCGUCUUCGCAUCCCUCUUCGGCUCCAUCAUCAUGAUGCUCCUCACCUUCUGGAAACGCAAAUCCUACCCGACAAACCUCCUCUUCCUCUCAGGCUUCACCCUAAUGGAAGCCUACACAAUCUCCGUCAUCGUCUCCUUCUACAAGGCCGGCAUCGUCCUCAACGCAGUCUUCCUCACAGCAGGCAUCUUCAUCUUCCUCACCGCCUUCGCCUGCCAGACAAAAUACGACUUCACCUCCUGGAUGCCCUACCUCGGCGGCGCCCUCUGGGGUCUCGUCCUCUUCGGCUUCAUGUACAUGUUCUUCCCCUACAGCUCCACCGGCGAGCUCGUCUACGGCGGCAUCGCAGCCCUCAUCUUUAGCGCCUACAUCCUCGUCGAUACGCAGCUCAUUAUGCGCCACCACCACGUCGAGGAGGAGAUUGCCGCCGCCAUCAGCUUGUACCUCGACAUUAUCAACCUGUUCUUGGCGAUUCUGCGCAUCUUGAACAGCCAGCAGAACAACUAAAAGCUGGUUGUAACACACACACAAUACCCCGAUGUUCUAUUAGUAGCGUAAUCUGAAAUUCUUAGCCACGCAGUUUUGACUUCAGACAGGUGGCUUAUGAGGAGAAAAUAGGCUGUUUUAUUGUUUUAUUGGCCUUCGU